AUGCCAAUCAUUCACCCGUCUCCCAAUCCCGUUCCUCCGACACCACCGUUGGCCAUCGACAUGGGGGGAAGUUACGCGCUCCCGACACGGGAUCUUCUGCCAGCCGCCGUCAUCAUCGCCGAGAAUCCCGAAAAUCGCGGCACGGCCGUACGUAGAAAGGACAAGGACGUCAAGACGAAGGACGGGGUUGGAGGCAGACCAAGGCGGUUCCCGGGAAAGCGCCUGUUCAGGGGUGACGAUGACAGUCCCCCUCUUGUAAAGAAACGGGGGAGCGGCGCUUUUGCCUCCAGGUCCACACACCUGCCGCGCAGGACUCCUACUCUGCACUGGCCCCUCCGUCGGAGGUCUUCCGCGCCCGCGCUCAAAGAACAGAAGGUCACUCAUGCCGUUAUCCCUGGGGCUCCGUUCGACGCAGAGCCGGAUGCUGUUCCGUUCCACAACGAACAAGAUGCAUGUCCGUCCGACGCUCCUGAGGAGGACUGGGUGACGGGAAGGAUGAAAACCAAUGCAGAGAACCCUGAAGAACAGCCCCCGAAGACGCCCCAAAUGAAUACGACGGGGGUAUUUCCACAAAGCAUGAGGAGUAGCCGGGGGAGUGUCACUGCAACACCGCGCACUGCGGUCACGCCUGAGUCAGUCAAGUCCAAGCUGUCGGAAAUGUCUAGCACAGUGUCUGGGAAGAUGGUAUCGGCUCUGGGUUUGAAGCUAAAGAGCAGACAGACCGAGAAGUCGAGCGGAGCAGCAGAGCAGGAUUGUGGGUCCCUCGGAGACAAGCGCGACGGCGAAAGGUGUCAAGAGAAAGAAAAGAAAGCACUAGCGUAG